AUGCUUUUUAAAUCCCUUUUUUUGUUGCAGGUGAUUCCGCUACUAUUAACAGCGGUGAUUGCAAAAUGCAGAAGUGAAGCAACAAAUGGAUAUAAUAACUAUAACAUGAAUGAUGCUUCCCAUUUUGGACAGUUAUUAAAACCACCGCCGCCGCCUCCGCUGCCAAUUUUACCAGUGCCGUUUAAUGGCGGAGCUGGAAAAAUACAGAGUCAGAAUGACUUCGGAUAUCAAUACCAAACACCACCACCAUUGCCGUCCACUACGCCCCCAAUUUUACCACUUAAUGAAUUCAAAUUCCCCGCUCCGUUUUAUAGACAGUACAGUUUCAAUUUCGUACCACCGCCACAACCAUUUACAACCACGCCAUCUCCGUCAAUGUUUCAGAAAAUCUCUGGGUGGCUAUUUCCCUCGCAACAAACGUCGUCUGAACCAGAAUCACAAGUGAAUAGCAACCACAAUAUACCGCUGCAAGGCAACUGUAAUCCUUGCAAUUUAGUACCGUGGAUACCAGUAAUUCGAUAUGAUUUAGCGAAAAAUAAUGGACGUCAAAAUACUCAGCCUACGUAUGGUCCACCAAGUCCAACGGCCACUACGAAUUUUAACUCGCCUCAUAAUUUGCCACAAGCGUUUACCUCGCCACCGAAUAAUUACAAAACCCCAAUAAAAUUUUCGACUGGCACACCUCAUGCAAGUUACGGUCCUCCCACUGUUUCUCAUUUUAGUAGUAGUUCUUAUAAUCCCCCGAGUUCAACUUACGGACCACCCAGUCCUACUCACAGUGUAGGCAAUUCCAAUCAAGCACCUUUAAAUUCUCUUUAUUCCGGAAUAAGCAGUUCCUUUUAUGAUUUACCUAAUACAUCAUUAGGACCGUCUUCGUCUUACGGAAUACCUAGCUCGUUAUAUACAGUACCUGGCUCUACUUAUAAACCACCGUUAUCUUCUUACGGUUCUCCAUCUAUUCCAUAUGAAAACUAUUUUUCUUCAACUACAUAUUCUCCAAUUUCAUCAGGUUAUAAGCCUGAAUUAUUAAAUCAUUAUUUACCCCCCCAAAAUGAUGUUGAGAUAUUAAGUGAAAUAGAACCAUCUUCAGAGUUGCAAUUGCCAAGAGUUACACAUCCUACGAGCUUUAGAAAUUCUUAUGGAGAACCAAUUCUUAAUACGUAUGCUUUAGAUAUUCCAUUUUCUGUAUCUGCAGCUGGUGCAGCCUCUUCUAAAGUAAAGACUGAAAUUCUACCUGAUAAUCGAGUUAAACCACAUGGCUCUAACAUGACUAUAGAGUUGGCCAACCCAGCUCCAUUUACUUUAAAUAGAGGUAGAAAUAUUCAUACAUUACAACCUAUUGCAUUACCUAACCUUAGUAUUUCACCAUUACCUCCAAUAUUUAAUGCUAGACCUUUUCGAGUUAUUUCAUCAAUAUCUCCGUUUAAUGGUGGACCAUCAAUUAAUGUACAACACAAUGGCUCAAACAAUUUUAACAUAGCAAAAAGCAUUCCAGUUGCAGAGUAUACGCAUUCUGUAGAGUACCCUACUACCAUAAUUCAAUCUCCUGUUAUUGACAUAGAUGAGUUGAAAAUAUUUAAUCACUCAAAAGGUUACAGAAACAUUCAGAAUAGUUAUGUGAUAGAUGAAAUGCGAGAUAUAUCUCCUCAGGCUUCGGAAGACCACAUUUCCGCAGCCAAAUCUAACCAAGAUGUAAGUUUUGAAAGCAUUGGAAAUGAUUUCACAAAUGAUUUGUAUGACAGUAACGUUCCAAUGGAUUUAAAACAACAUUCAAAUGUGCCAUUCAACCACAAAGUUAGUUUUGCCGAUUUACGAGGUGUUAAGGACGAAGACGUCGAUAAAUAUCGUACCGAAAGCAAUUUACAGCAUAUUGAUUCACCACUUCUGUACCUUAAGCCAAGUGCACCGCAUAAAAAUUAUAACAAUUUCUUUUUUAUGGUGAGUACACCAGGUAAACCACAAGAAUAUGAUAUUUAUGAUGACAUUCCUACAACGACUGAAUCUUCCCAAGCCUCAUUAACGAAUAGUUGGGAUGAGAGUAGAAAUUAUUUCACUGAACAUGUGUCUCCUCCAGUGGCGGAAGAAAAGGGUACUAACCGCCCCAAAAUUGUUCAAAUUAUCGUUCCUUAUACAACAGCACAAAGAAGUGAUCACAACAGAAACAAUUUUGCUGUUCAAGAGCAAGAUUUACUUAGUAUCCCUGAGCAGAAAUAUCAAGCCCGUAAAAUACAAUCUAAUAAUGAAAAUAAUUUUGUGACAAUUGCAACAGAAGGAUUCAGUACAUUGAUUACGUCAACAGAAGAACCAAAUUCAAGUAAAACUGAGAGCUAUGAUUUGGAACGACAAAAAGCACCUAAUGAUUUUUAUGAUGUUAAGGAACCGCCAUUUGAUAUAAUAAAACUACAGCACACAAUAGACGACUGGACAGAACAAGAAUAUUCCAAGGACUAUAGUGCACCACAAAAAAAUCGUUCCAAUGGAAAACAUGCCAAACAAAUUCCUGAUGAUUUUUUCACAACAAACAGUCCAUUCACCAAUUUUUAUCCGACAGAAACGAAUAAUUACAAUUUUGAUUUAUAUGACCACGAAGUUGCUAGUAGUAUGCAUCAUGUCGUAACUGACAAUAAUACAAAUACAAAUUCCAUAAAACGAAAAGAAUAUAAUACCAUUCAAAGAUUAAAAAGUAACUACAACAGUGGUAAAAAUGAAGAAGUAGAAGAUACAAAAAAAUUACAUAUUUAUACUGCUGCUUCAACUUUUAGAAGUUCUACAACUCCUGCACCAUGGGGUAAAAUACAAACAUCAAUAUCACCGCUAACAAAUGAAAAAGUAUAUGUUGUGACUUCAAAACCAUGGCGGGAAAAGAAUGUGAGUACAGAAUAUGAUUAUGAAAUAAAUAAAUAUGAGUCUGAAGAUAUGGAUAUUGGAAACGAAGCUUCUGAAGUAGAUAACUUGCCAUUUAAAUCUCCAAGAUUUACCAACAGACCUUCUUAUGGAUUUACGGCUGAUGCACUAGAUUCCGCAAAACUUGAUUCUCCCUAUGGUUUUUCAAGAGGAUGGUACCGAAGAAUUAAUAAUUUGGAGUACCCCACACCACUUGAUAACGGAUCGAUAGAAGAGGAUUUAGAAAAGGAUUCUAGAAGCUCAGGAACAGCUGAAGAGAACCAGUAA